GGGGAGGGAGGGGUGCUGGAGGGGAAAGCCCGAGGAGGAGCUGCAGCAGCAGCGGCGGCGGCAGCAUCAGCAUCAGCAGCAGCGACGGCAGGAGGAAGAGGAAGGCGGAGGAUGAAGGCGAAGGGGAUGCGGAGCCGCAGCAGCAGCUGACCCCGGGGGGGGAGCCCGGCCAUGGCCUUCUUGGGGGGGCCCCGGCUCCUGGACUGGGCCAGCUCCCCCCCUCACCUCCAGUUCAACCGCUUCGUGCUGACCGGAUACCGGCCGGUCAGCUCCGGGUCCGGGUGCCUCCGCAGCCUCUUCUACCUGCACAACGAACUGGGCAACAUCUACACCCACGGCAUACCUCUACUUGGGUGUCUCGUCGUGCUGCCGUUGACCAUUCCAUGGACCCGACUCACAGUGUCGUGGCUGGGAAUAGUGCACUACUUGGCGUGUAUCUUUCCACAGUUGGGCAGCGUGCUCUACCACCUCUUUAUGAAUCACGAGGGAGGUCCUGCCGUCUACCAUACCUUGCUCACCCUUGAUAUGUGUGGGAUAUGCAUGGUCAACACCUUGGGUGCUCUGCCAAUCAUCUACUGCACGCUGGCCUGCUUCCCAAUUCCCCGCACUAUUUCCUUGCUGUCUUACACCGGCUUGUCAAGCUAUGGCAUCUUCUGCGCAGUGACUGCCCGCUCCAGUGUCAAUCGCCUGCGGGCCUUUGUCUGGCAGGCCCUGUACCGCUUCUUUUUCUUCUUCCUGCGCUGGAUGGGACUGGGAACAGGUCAUCCUUCUUCGCUGCGUUCAUACCUCAUAAUGGAUGGGUUGGCCUUCCUUGGGGGCGUCAUCAAUAUCUCGCGGGUGCCCGAGCGCUGGAAGCCGGGACGUUUUGACUACUGGUUCAACAGCCAUCAGAUUAUGCACGUGCUGGUGGUAGUCAGCAUCCUCUAUUUACACUGGGGAGUAGUGGCUGAUCUACAGUGGAUCACCAAUGACGCCUGCUCAAUGGAAUGACCAUGCUGUGUCUGGGCUCGCACUCCAGCCUCCAGCAGGAAAACCCCACGGAUUGAAAAGUGAGCUGCUUCCGAAGUGUAGGCUACUAGUUCUUGUUGUUCAAAGUCUUCUACAAGGGCUGAAUUGGACAAGAAAGUAUGUAGAAACAACCUACUUAGAGCAGGGUGGGGUUCUCUCCUUCUGGGCCCAAGGCUUUCCAUUGGAUCAGGACACUUGUGGGUCAAACAAUGAAUUUCUAUUGAUCUGAGGUGCUUUGAAAUCGGCUAGUGGUCUACCCUUAUUCUUCCAAAUUACUACCAUGGGGGUGAAUUAUUUGGUUAGGAAAUGGUCUGGCUGACUGACUUAAGACUCCUAACUUGUUGGGACCCUACAGUCAUUUCCUCUACGCUGUGGGCCUUCCUCUAGGUCUUUGUCACCAGAGCUAGUUUUCUCCUGGGCUUUGGUGGUGGUCAUGAAGGAAUAAUACUGUUGCUUCGACCUAAUUUUCACCUGUUUUGAAGGUGAAGUACGCACUGGGAGAAGAGUAAUUGAGUAGAAGACGCUUGUUUUGAGUACAGCUUCUCUGCUUUCUAGAGACAUGGUAUUUAAAUAGACUUUUUAUCCAGGUAUCUUUCAGACACCAUGCAAUACUUUCUGGGUUUUUUUAAAAAAGGGCUGGUUAGACACCUGGGUGCCAAGGCCAGCUGCACUUAAGUGAAGGGGAGGUUCUUUUGGAAAGAGUUGGGAUGCAGCUAGCCAAGUGAUUGGAAAAGAGAUGCUCUCUGUAUGUAUUUAAUUUGCUCUGAAAUGACUUGAAGCACUGAACCAGCAUUUCCUUUCCCCCUCCCUGCCAAAGAGGCAACCAGGGGCCUUGAAACUGGGUUGGGGUGGAAGGUCAGGGGUUCAAGUUUCCACUUCUGGUAGUUUUCUCCAAAUUUGUGAUUAUGGCUCUUACAGCUUGUCUCUAUUUCUGAUUUUUUUCUAGUGAUUGCUACUUUGAGAUAUAUCCAAGAUACUUAUUUUUCUCCUUUGCCAGCUAGACUUCUGCCAGAGCAUAUGCUUUCCAGAGUUUAGUUUCAGUUUUAUUUCCUGAUGGCUCUCAAGGGAGUUGCCGGCUUGGAAAUAAUUCUACUCCUCUUUCCAAAUUAGUAUUUCCCCCCCUUUCGCUGGCAUUUUGAAUUAGUGGUCCAUGGUGACGAGUUUACUGUGGAGUUUUGCUUGUUUGCCUAGAACUGGAAUCAUCAGGUUAAUGCCUGCUCUAAAUAAUGUUAACAUCUUAUCUCAGAGCCCAACUAGAUUUCUCUGUGGGCUGUUUAAGAACAUAGAGAUGGAAGGCUGAGCCCCAGUUCGUUUUCUGGCAAGGCAUUCGGCCAUUCCUUUACACACCUCGUCCUCCCUUCUGUCCCCAAGUUAGGAACUGGGAGGGUCAGGCAUUUUCUUCAGGUGUCUGAAAUUUGGCCCAGAGUCCUUUAGGUGCUCCUCCAUUUUAGGUGCUUGCUUGAAGCCAGUGAGGCCAAUAUAUAUAUUUUAAAGUUUAAAAAAAUAUGUUUCUGUUGUUCAAAACAGUGGGCCUUGGCCCUCUUCAGCAGCCAGGUCCUCAAUGACUAUCAUGGUCUGGCUUUUAAUGUGAAUCAGAAAUGAGUAUUUGGUGGCUGCUUAAAUUGGACUUUGGUAUCAUGAUUCUUAACCGUGAGCCAUGCUGGCUGAAGUGCCCACAGGUUCCUCACCCAAAUUGUAAAUGGUUCUUCCGCUGGCAUUUGUUCUAGAUCAGUGGUUCUCAACCUGUGGGCCCCUAGUUGCUUUGGCCUGCAACUCCCAGAAAUCCCAGCCAGUUUACCAGCUAUUAGGAUUUCUGGGAGCUGAAGGCCAAAACAUCUGAGGACCUACAGGUUGAGAACCACUGUUUUAGAUCUUCAUGGUAGCAAUCAUGAAAUCACUUUUGAAGGCUGGGGAUGAGUCUCUGAGGAAUGCACCCAGACCAGUCCAGUAACCCAAUCCAUAUAAAGGUAUUUUUAUUUUAAGUUCAGCAAAAUAUUAUUUACCUAGAUUACAAGAAAGUGGCUUUUAAAAAGCUCUUGUAGACGAUGGUAUUCCUCCCUUCCUACAGUGGGGCUUUCUCUUUUUUCUAUGCAGCACCGGUCUUAAUCCAUACUGUAUCAGUGGCUGAGCAAAAGAGCAUGUGUGAAAAGAGUUAAGGACAUAUUCUGCUGAUCCACACUGAUAGUGAGUUCUCAGUGUGUAGCAAACAAACCUAUCUAGAUUUGAUUGUGUCAGAGCCAAACAAGAUAUGACAUGUAUUUGUAUCUUUCUAUGAAUCUGAGUGGGUGGGAGAGUUACCCUCUUGCAGUUUCACUCAGUGGAAAGUGAGUGGGUGGGAGAGAGUGCAGUGAGCAGAAGACCAACCAGAGCAUCUCCACUCCUCCUCCUCCUAAAACUCUCAGGAGCCUGGGGCUGUGUAUAUUCCUGGGAAAAGUCCUGCAAAUGCAUGCCAUAUUAAUUGGGAUCUGUCAUCCUCUCUAGAGAGGAUGACUCAGCUGGUGGAUAAGAACUUGGACCAAUCAGAUACAACUUUAACAGCAAGCAGCUAAAGUGCAGAUGGGAAAGUGGGUCUUGGGACGAGUAGCUAUUGUAAAGUCUACUGCCCUGGUGGAGAAUACCCAAGCUGAGGCCUUCUGCUUACUCGCCACAGGUUGUCUUCUGCUGUGGCAGAAGGAAGAUUCAUUAACAGGUCUGCAAUAGGAAGAGGAAAGGACUGACUCAAGCCUCCCACAUUGGGGUGUGAAGCGUCUUUCUGCACUGCUACUUUGGGCCGCAGCGGUUUCACCUGCUGCCACAGCCCAGUCUUGUCUCUUGUUAUCUCAGGGUAGACGGACAUGGUUAAUGUUCGCAGCUUCUUUGGGCUGAAGCGACAUAUCUCUUUAAAAUAAAAGAGCAAGGCACCCAGUUAAAAUGCACUUCAAGGAGGAGGGAGAGAAGGAUAAUGUAGGUGCUUACGGUCCCAGAACCUCUUACUGGACAGAUGGCAUGUCUGGGCUUCUAAUAAAGAGAUGUCUAAGGAA